AUGGAGCAAACGUUCUUUUGUGAUGUUUGUAAUUUAAAAGUUUUUAGUCAAAAAUUCUGGGAUGAUCAUCUUAAUGGAUUUAAACAUAAACAAAUGGCUGAUAAAAAAAGAAAAUUAGAGAUACUAGCAAAUCGUUCUGUUCAUUUAAAUAAUUUUAAAGAAGAAAUAAAAGAGGAAUUGUUGCUUCAGAUAUUUGAUCAAUUUGGUGAAGUUGAUAGAGUUUUAAUUGACAAAUCAGGUAAAAGUGCUUAUGCAAUUAUUGAAUUUAAAGAGGAAGAGGCUGCUAAAAAUCUUUUGGGAGCUAUGCAACGAAUAAAAAUUGGAAAAAGUAUGGUGCGUAUUCGACCAAGACGUGUAGAUUUUAACAAUUCAGCAAUUAAGCAAAAACCCAUUUCCAUUACAAAUUCAGAGAAUAUACUUAAAUUUCUUGAAGAUUGUCCCUCUGAAUUUUUGGCUCAAUUGGAUUGUCUAAUUGAAAAAUUUGCUUUAUCAAAUGAUUUGAUUAAUGAACGUUUAACAUUUGCUUUAAAAUUGCAAAACCACUUUCAGCGCUAUUUUUCUUCUCCUCUUUCCAUUAGAUUGUUUGGUUCUUCUUCAACUGGUCUUGGAUUUAUAGAUUCUGAUUUGGAUUUAAAUUUUAUUCUUGAUAAUGUUGAAAUUAAUAAAAAUGGUUGUUCAUCUCCAUCUACUUCAACAACUUCAAAUGAUAUGGAAAUAGAUAUUGGUGAAUUUACACCAGAGGAAUUACUAAAAUCUCCUUUGGAUGCAAAAACAUUUUUAAAUUUAACAAAAACAAGUAAAUUAAUAAAUUAUUUAAAAAAAACUUUUCUUUUCAAAGAUCAAAUCCGAAUUUUAAAUACUUUAAUUAAUUCACUACGAAAAGAAAGUUCAAUUAUAAUUUCACAUGUUCCUGUUAAAGAUGCACGUACUCCUAUAUUAUUUUUAACAAUUUGUUUAAAUCAAGUCAAAAUUCCUUGUGAAAUUUCCAUUCAAAAUUUGUUUGGAGAAUCUAAAGCAAAUUUAAUUGGGGAUUUAAUUAAGGCUGAAACUUCAGGUAUUCUUUUCCGUUUAUUAUUUUUCCUAAAGUUAUGGGCAUCUUCUAAUGAACUUUUUACGUCUGACAACGAUUCUGAUGGGCCAAAAUCAUUUUGGAAUUCUUAUACACUUUCUUUGUGUACAAUUGGAUUUUUACAGAAAAUUAAUCGAAUACCGCCAAUUUUUAAAUUUUUGAAUCCAAAUUCGCGUAAAAUUAAUGGAUGGGCAAUUGAAUAUUCUAUACCUAAAUUUACAAUUGAAAAAGAGGAAUUGCCGUUACUUUUGAAGGACCUCUUCACAUUUUUAUUUUUGAAUUUAAAAUCUGAUUUAGUUUUGUUACUUCAAGAAGGCAAAAUUAUUAAAGUUAAUGAUUUUAAAAAAGAAUUUUUUGAUAAAUCACCGGAAAUCGAAAAACGAUGGCGUUUUUCCCUUGUUAACAUACAAGAUCCUUUAGAGCUUUCCCACAAUGUGGCGGCAAAUGUAGGCAAAGCAAGUUUGGCUAAAAUGCGUUGGAAAUUAACAUAUGCAAUUUCUGUGCUUAAACAUUUCAAAGAUCCCAAUUGUAAGCAAAAGCUUUUUCAAUUACAAAAUUUAAAAGAUCUGCGCAACGAAAAAACAAAAAAAUUUCAAAUUAAAAAAUCAAAAAUGGAAGGUCAGCAACAAAUGAAUGGAAAUGAAGAUAAAGAAAUGAUGGAAAUGGAUGUUGAUAUGGAAGAUAUAUAA